AUGCCUUCGACUGCAAGCCGACGCCCGGUAGCAGCAGCAGCAGGAGGAGGAGGAUUCAGCAGCAGCAGCGGGGGUGGUGGAGCAGGAGCAGCAGGAGCAGCAGCAGCAGCUCGUCGUCGCAGCGAGAUAUUUGUUGAUGUUAUUGAAAAGCUCUCUGCUGUUCUGUCUGGAGACGGCCGGCUGCUGCAUGCAUCGCUUGAGGGUUUUAUACAAAUGAAGUCUUACUUAGACUCCCCGCCUCUCUUAAAGCUAGCCCUUACAGAUCAACUCCCUGUAGCAGCAAACGGCGUUGGUCUGUGCGCUGAGCGCUGCACGUUUCAAGAAGGCGUCGACUUCUCUGCCUUUGAAUCUGAGCGGCUUUUGUUGUUUAAACCUCCGGCCGGAGAAUUUGUGCUGAUGAACUACCGGAUUAAAAAUAUUAACGUCAUGCCUUUUAGGGUCUUUCCUCUUGUUGAAGAGCUCGCGCAUUCAAAGGCGGAG